AUGGCCACUACUACUCAAAUUCGUCUGCGAGGACGUCCUGCGCAUACAGCCGGUCCAACGUUCCUUUCCUAUACCCCCGAUGGCACUAAAUUGACCACGGUCGGAUCGAAUAAUACCAUAAGAGUCUACAAGACGAACUUACUCGAUGGCGAGCCCUCAAACGUCGAUGAUUGCCAGGAGCAGAAUAUGGCCGUGGCAUCGACUAAUGACUUCUUCGUCUCUGGCGCAGAAGACGGAACGGUCAGCUUGUACUCGUUCGAUACCAUGUCCUUCGACAAAUUCCUCAUGCGUUGUUCCCUCCCUGUUCGAGACAUUACUAUCUCCCGCGAUGGAAAAUGGUGUGCCGUUGGCAGUGACGAUCUUAUUGUCAAAAUUGUUCAAACUGCCGACACAAGCUCUGUCAUGUACCUUCGAGACCAAAUAAAGCCAGUCAAACAUAUUGCUUUCGACCCAAGCAGCAAAUACAUAGCCCUAUCAUGUACUGAUGGACUAGUGUACGUCUACUCCCUCGCAAACGAUGAGCCAGAACUUGUCAAGAAAAUCGAUGGUCUUAUCCGAACCGUAGAGACAGACAGUGAAAUCAGCGCGAAGGUGGCAUGGCAUCCCGAUGGUAGAGCAUUUGCUGCCCCCACAGCUACGCGGGAUAUACAAGUAAUGUCUAGAGGCGACUGGGAGAAUCAAAGAGUGUUCUCAAAUGGACACAUGGGCGACAUCACGGCUCUGUCUUGGUCUCCCAAUGGGGCAAUGUUGGCAUCUGCUGGGAAGGACAGGAAGAUUCUCAUAUGGGAGACGAAAAUACAGAAGGUUAUUGCGAGCUAUGACUAUGCUAAUGUCAUGGACCUUGCGUGGCAUCCCACAAAGAACCUCCUCUCGUUCACCAAUAGCGAUGGUGAGGUAUAUAUCUUCAAUGACUUCGUACCAGCAGAGCAUGCUCAUCUGGUCAAUUUGAGUCCUCAACCCGCCCCAUUCAUUCAUGAUCCUCUUUCAGAAAUAUCAGCGAACGCUCGACGGCCAGCCGCCAAUGGCCACAAGGAUGUUCCCCUUAGAGUUCGACGAGGGACACCAGAUAGUUUGGAUGAUAUUCUCGGUUCCGAACUGGGUGACGAGGAUGACUUUGUGAUAGAUGACGACGGCGCCGGUUAUGCCCUUGGUAUUAAUGGAAAUGGCAAGCGACCUAAUGGGGAUAUUGUCCCUUAUGGAGGUGCAGCUAAACGUCUUGCGCCAGCUUGGGAACCACAGUACCAUCAGUCUUUCCAACCAGGAUCCACUCCGUGGCGUGGAGAUCGAAAGUAUCUCUGCCUAAACCUAAUUGGUUUUGUUUGGACUGUCGACCAGGAUACUCAUCAUACAGUAACAGUAGAGUUCUACGACCAUGAGGAGUUUCGCGAUUUCCAUUUCACAGAUACAUUUCUCUACGACAAAGCAUGCCUAAACGAGAAUGGGACACUUUUCUCAUCCAAGGCGAAUGACACAAAUCCAGCAACUAUUUUCUAUCGCCCACAUGAGACUUGGACCACCAGGUCGGACUGGAGGACUCAGUUGCCAAAGGGAGAAGAUGUGACGGCGAUUUCACUGAGCGAAUCCUUUGUCACCGUUACCACAACAUCGAAUUAUGUGAGAAUAUAUACCCUAUUUGGAGUUCCAUACAGGGUUUACCGGCAAAAGAGCAGCCCAACAGUUACAUGUGCGAGUUGGCGCGACUACGUUCUCACUCUAGGAAAUGGACCAGUUGGUGCAGAUGGCAAUACGAAGUUGCUAUACACAAUUCAAAACAUCAAGAGAGAUGAAAUUUGUCAAAGCGAGGACAUAGUAGCUCUACCAGACGGAGAAACAGUAAAAAGUGUUUUCUGGUCGGACAAUGGGGACCCCUGUAUCUACGACUCAACUGGAACGCUCCUCACCCUCCUCCACUGGCGCACCCCCUCCCAAGCAACCUGGGUCCCCCUCCUAGACACCCGCCUCCUCUCGCGCUUGGCUUCUGGCCGUAAAACAGAAACCUACUUCCCAGUCGCCGUCGCCUCGUCGAAAUUCCACUGCAUAAUCCUCAAAGGCGGCGAACAAUACCCCUAUUUCCCACGCCCCUUACUCUCCGAAUUCGAAUUCGAAAUCCCGCUCUCCAACACCCCUUCAGCACAGACCGAAGACGGCGACGCUGGAGGCGACGAGACGAAGAAAUUAGAAGGCGCUUAUGUACUAAAGAGUAUCCUGACGUCUCAGCAGCAGGAUCUCGUGGAGUUUACCAAGAGUAGCCAUUCUCAGCGCACAGCCUUGGCGCGCAUGGAAGUCGAGAUCGAUAAGACGCUGUUGCAGAUGAUGGCUGUGGAGUGCAGGGAGGGAGAGGAGAGGGGCAUGCGCGCACUGGAGAUGGUUAACCUGUUGAGGGAUAGGAGUGGAAGGAUGCUUGAGGCUGCUGGGAAGGUGGCGGAGCGUUAUGGACGCGGUGUGUUAGGGGAGAAAAUCAGGGAGGUUGCUGAGGAGAGGCUGUUGAGGAUGGAUGAGGAUUGA